AUGGUGGCAUGCGCCAAAGCUCUCUGUGUGCCACAUGGCUCUGGGAUGUUAGGAAAAGCGUUGGAGGCUGUCGCAUUCUAUGACGAGGAGAAGAUCGCCACCAAAGUGGACUACUUGAAGAAGACGUUAAGGUGGUCGGAUACUGAGGUGGGCAUUGCUUUGCCCAAGGCUCCAAUGGUGCUGAAGUCUUCCAAGGACAGGCUGCAACGCGUCUCAGAGUUCCUCAUCUCCGAGGUGGGGUUGGAACCAUGGUACAUCGCACAUCGGCCGGCGGUUCUCAGUUACAGCCUGGAUGGUCGGCUCAGGCCCCGGUACUAUGUUGUAAAGUUUCUCAAGGAAAACGGAUUGCUACAUCGAGACCGGGACUACUAUUCUGCAGUCGCGAUGACUCCGAAGGUAUUCAUGGAGAAGUUCAUAUGCCCACACAAGGAAGCUGCACCACACCUUGCUGAAGACUAUGCGGCAGCUUGCAGAGGGGAAGUGCCAGCUAGAUUCAGAUUUACAUGA